UUAUAAAUUUAUCUAUUUACAAACCUUAGUAAUAUACAAUAGUAUACAAUUACAUGUAUAGUGUAUAUACAGAUAAUUUCUUAAUAAAUAACUUUGUGUCUAUGUGAUUUCUUAUUCAAGAUAUUUUUGGAUUCAUCAUUAAAUUGAUUCUUUUACAUACAACAUGCCAAGUUGGAAUCAAAUUCAAAGUCAAUUGCGGAAUCCUCAAAAUCCCGUUGUUUUUUUUGAUAUUACUGUGGGAAGAACUGAAAUUGGUAGAUUGAUAAUGGAACUUUAUGCUGAUAUAGUUCCAAAAACUAGUGAGAACUUCCGACAAUUUUGUACAGGUGAACAUAAAAGAGAUGGAAUUCCAUAUGGUUAUAAAGGAUGUUGUUUUCAUAGAAUAAUAAAAGAUUUUAUGAUACAAGGAGGUGAUUUUGUCAAUGGUGAUGGCACAGGUGUAAUGAGUAUUCAUGGAGCAGAUACAUUUGUUGAUGAAAAUUUUAAGCUUAAUCAUGAUGCACCUGGUCUUUUAUCAAUGGCAAAUAGUGGGAAAGAUACUAAUGGCUGCCAAUUCUUUAUCACCUGUGCAAAUUGCAACUUUUUAGAUGGAAAACAUGUUGUAUUUGGACGUGUAAUUGACGGAUUGUUGGUUAUGAGAAAAAUUGAGAAUGUUCCAACAGGACCUAACAAUAAACCAAAAAUACCUAUUGUGAUAUCACAAUGUGGACAACUAUGAUAGAUUAUUUUUAAUAUUACUUCAUUCAGUAAGAAAAUCUUUUGUAUAAUCAAUAUGUAAAAUAUAUAUAUAUAUAUAUAUAAUCAUUAUAAAAAAUGUCAUGAGAAAGCCUUUUUAAAUAUAAAACUACAGUAUAUGAAAGUCUGUAAAAAUAUGAAUUUAUAACAUUUUAGAAUAUGUUUUUAAAAGUAAAUGUAAGAAGAGACUUUGUAAAAUUAAACUUAAAUGAAUUUAGUUUUUCUUAUUUAAAA